AACAAACAGUGUUUAUUAUUGAUGCCAUGCAAUAUCCAAGAGAGACGGGGUAUGAGAUAUCAGGUUAUGAGUGUUUUCCUCAGGCUAUUUGUCAACUGAUGAGCUUUGAGCAGCUUUAGGAUUUAGUGUGUCUUGUGAGAAGGGAGGGACGGAGACGGAGCAGCAAGAAUAGCUACUGGGAGAGCAGAGCGCAGGGGUGGGGAGAGCAGCAUCGUCGAGCGAGACGCAGAAAUAAUAGUGCAUGUGAAUUAGCCAAAGUGGAUGCGGCGGCGUCACUGACAGGCACAGAGUGAAAGUGAGAGAGUGAAUGACAGAGAGGCACUGGAGAAAUACGCAUGUGUGAGGAGCAGAGGAGGCACGGCUGCUGUAUUGACUUCAGGCAUUUUUAUGUUACACAUUCAGCCUCGAGAACGGCUGCUUCUUUGACCAUAAACACGUGCACAGAGUCACAGCAUCUGCAGAGAGACACGCAGACACCGAGAGGCAUCUGAUCCAGUGGACCUGUGGUCAUGGCAGAAAUAGAUUCUCUCAGUGAGGCUCUGAAGGGUAUCAGCGUCAGUACAGAGCUGGUGGAGGAGGAGCUCAAACCUCAUCUAGAUGUUCUGCUAAACCUCCUAUUGGAGAAGAAGAAAGGAACGGCAGAGAAAAUCGCUUCUUGUGGUGUUCUGCCCAUAUUGGCUCAAGUCCUGAGGAAGAAGAGUCCCCUAACCUCUCAGGUUACAUUGCUGGUCGCAGAGAUGGCCAGGGAAGCUUCUGUGAGGGAGCGCUGUAUUCAAGCGGGUCUGGUAACUGCAUUGGUGCCUUUACUGAACAACUCAGACCAGGAGCAGCUACUGCACACUGGUCGAGCAAUCGGACGCAUCUGCUUUGAAAACGCUGUUCAGCAGACAAAGCUGGUGGAGAAUGGAGUCAUCCCCAGGCUGGUGACCAUAAUGCAGCAGUAUCCUGAGAAUGACCCGCUGGUAAACGUCUGCCUGCUGGCCCUCUGCAACCUCGCUGAUGUGGAUGCUGCACGAGAAGCUUUGGCAGAUGUGAGCAUAGCAGAGGUUUUGACCUAUCAACUAAAACGAGCUCCAGAUGCAGAACGUCGACAUCUUAUAUUGGAGGUUCUUGGGUCAUUGGGAGAAAGUGAUGCUCUGAAGCUGCAGUUUGUGGAGUCAGGCGUACCUGAGGCGCUCUCUGAAAUGAUUCGAACCCUUCAGGGUGGCUCUGACAAACACGACCUCUGCAGCAUCAAAGUGGCUUCAAACCUUAUGGUGUCUCUUCUACUGGGAGACGAAUCAAUGCAAAAGUGUUUUAGUGAGGGGAUGGGGAGAGUCUAUCAAGACGUUCUCUCUUGGCUGCAGUCGACAAACACUGAGCUGCAGUUGUCAGGAGCUCUGGCCAUUGCCAACUUUGCCAGAAAUGAUAGCAACUGUGUAAAGAUGUUGGAGUUGGGGGUCGUUCCUCAUAUUUUGGACCUGUUGGAGCAGCAUGUAACAGAAGGAGAUGUUUCUGUACAGCACGCCGGCCUCAGUGCACUUAGAAACCUCGCCAUUCCAGCCUCCAAUAAGGUGCAUAUGUUGGAGGACGGGGUCACGGAGAGGAUCAGGACACUUCUGCGCUCUGACAUGCCCCCUGUCCAGUUCAAACUGCUGGGCACUUUGCGAAUGAUGGUGGACGGCCAAGAGGAAGCAGCUUCAGUGUUAGGGAAGGAUGAGGUUCUGUUAGCACGGGUCAUGGAGUGGUGUGAUGCUAAAGAUCACGCCGGUGUCAGGGGCGAGGCCAACCGUCUUUUAGCAGCUCUCAUACGACACAGCCGAAACCCGGAAGUCAUCCAUACUGUUAUUAAAGCAGAUGGAGUUCAACAUCUCAUCUCCAUGGCAACCAGUGAGCACGUCAUCAUGCAGAAUGAAGCUUUGGUAGCUUUGGCCAUUGCCUCGGCUAUAGACAUUGAGGCUGUUCAGGAACCAUUUCGGGAUGCAGAUCUACUGCCCACAUUGCAAAAAAUGCUAGAUGAUCCUGUUGUUGCAGUGGAGGUCAAAUUCAGUGCUUUAGGCCUCAUCUGCAGCCUUGCAAACUCUGGCAUUCUACGGGACCAAAUGACUUGUCUAAACCUAAGGGACACACUGUCCAAACUGUCUGCUCACACUAGCACAAAGCUCGCCAAGCAGGCUGACACAGUAAUGGCCGUUCUUUCAGAGACUGGCUAGACUUUGAAAGUGAUUACACAUCUGGGGCCGUAUUCACAAAGCAUUUUAUCUUAUCACUAAGAGUACUCCUAAAUCGCACUAAAAGAUUUUAGCUAGGAGUUUUCUCUUAAAAGUUAUUCAUAACGCCUUUCAGACCUACUUUUAGUAAGGAAAAAUGAUAACUCCUAAACUAAGAGUGAGUCUUCGUUGCUACGGAUGAUGUCAAUUCUCAUGCACGAGCUGCCUUGCAAUGACCAAAGUGAUUGGUUGUUAGAUGACAGGGCUGUCAUGCGUAACAUAACACAGACGCACCAAAUCAUGGAAUUACAAUAUCGAAAUAUGUCUGUGUCCUAUACAAAAUAAUAAUAGUAAUGCCAUCAAAAUGCAUAUAUUAAAGAAAAGUUGUGAAUUAAAUUAAAUUAAAUCAAGCCUAAUACAAAUGAAAACCGCCAAUUGCCUAAUAAUAAAACGACUUUGCAUUACUUGCUUGAUUAAUGUAGGCCUACAUCCUAUUAGCCUAAAUAGACUAAUUAAAGCAAGGAAAUGUUGCCCAUAUUAAAGAAGCCUGCCUAAUGUAAUAAAUAAAUGAUGGUGGAACUCGCCAAAAGAAAGCCCAAAUGGAUGCAGGAUCAGUUACUGCUGCUGGCCCAGUUGGUGCUGAAAAAAAGAAACGUAAUAAAAGGGAAAUUCGGCACUGAGAUAUCAAGCAAAACUAAGCGUGAGACAUGCGAGAAAGUGAUGCGCGGGUCAAUGUACAAAACAACUGGCACCCGACCAACGUUUUCAACUAACCCGCCCGCAACUCGGACCGCAAAAAAUAAAAAAUAAAUAGUGUACCCGACCCGCUCCCUGGCCAGCAUUUUUUUUAAGUAGUAAUUGCUUAAUAGUUAAUUGCCAUCUUUAUUUCAAACGACCCGACCGAACGCGACCCGAAUAUCAUAAAAAAUAUUUUUGGAUGACUCGUGACCGCGGGUGACCACAUGCAUCCGCUCAUUUCCGAUCAACCCGCGCAUCACUGGGGAGAGGAUUUGUUGCAGAUCAAUGCAACAUUCCCGCUUAUGUCGCGGACCCCGGACGAAUGCGAGAGGCGGUGGUAUAUGCAUUACAAUCGCAGUAGAGGGUUGAGAUUGCAGCCUUUAAACAGACUAGCAUGGCAACAGGUAUGCCUAUAAUAUUAAAUAUUUAAUAUCAUUAUUGUUUCAUGUAAUUCUAAAAAACUUCCUGCUUGUCAUGAAUGUAAUGAAUUAUGAAACAAAUGUCAUAAACAAUAUGCUUACAUUAAAGUGUGCUUUUAAGUAUGUGCAAUGCUAUUGAGUUGGUGAAACUGUCCAUGUUAAGGAGGAUCAGCACCUAAGACAUUUUAAGAUCCUUUGUGAAUAGGUCUUAGUGAGUUAGGAGUCCUCUCGACUUCUUUUAAGCUGUCCCAGACUUAGGUGCUACUUUUAGGGCUAAAAUGCUUCGUGAAUUACUCUUAGUGAAAAAAAUUAGGAGUCCUAAAUUUAGGAGUGACACGCCUAUUAUUUUUAGGAGUUGCUUCUAAAUUCGCCAGUUAGGAGCUACUUUUAGCCUUAAAAUUCUUUGUGAAUACGGCCCCUGAUCAACAGCCCUACCAUUGCAGACUUCUUCCACACUCAUCAUUUGUGCCGUUUCAUCUGAACUUACACAGCAAAUCCAUCUAGCUACGCAUGUAGUCAAACCAAAGCAAUACGCAUUUACCAGCCCAUUUUAGAAAAGAGAUAACGUCAGCUUGUCCAUACAGUAUCUCAUUUGUUGUCAGCUGUCCUAACAACAGGAACACUUGGAAGACAGAUAGCAAUGCUAACACUGCAGUCUACUGUAUCAUUCAUAAAACAGCUGUAAUGUAACCUACGAACCACUAAAACAAGUCCAGGACUGUUUAUUCCACGAGUUUUACAAUAACUAAAUUGACUAUCUAUUGUCCAUGAACUUCCAGUGUUGAGAACACUAGAUCUAGCAAAGCUGCUGUAUGAAGCUGAUUUGUAUUAAUGUACUACACUACUUUCGAUAUGUAUUAAUAUUAUAUUUGUCCUGUAAUUUCUGGGGUCAAACACAUGCUAAAUCAAUAUUUCAAUAGUUAUGUAAUGUCAAAUAACGUUUAGUAAAGAGAAAAUAUGUCUUGGGAUUUAAUGUCUAUUUUCAUAUCAUACAGUAGCUGGCCUUACUACUUUAGUUUUCUGGUGUAUGGCUUUUUGAUGCAGAUUUUUUGAUCAUGUUGAUCAUUUUAUUCUAGUUAGGCUACUUCUGAAUCUCCACAUCGUGAAAGCAAUAGCCAGAAACAUAUCAAGAAUCGUUCUUGAGCUUCCGAAGUCAAAAUUAAAAAAGCAAUCUAACACGUGUCAAUUCUGUUGUUGUAUUUGCUAUCUAUCUAUGAAUAUGACGUAAAAAUCUCACCGUUCGCUUUAUGUGCAGUCAAGGUCAGACCUCGGAGAAUGGAAAAAACACACCAAUUUUGUGACUAUACUGUGCAGGGAAAGUAAUGCUUUGCUGAAAAUAAUGUAUACAGUAGCAAUAUAACAAGCUGAAUGUUGUUCAUGCUUUGAUGGGGUUCAGACGUGGCCAAUUAGAAAGCAGAUAAAUGCAGCGCUGAAGAUCAACAUCCUGAUUUAGAAAGACUCUUCAGAGCUAGAAGGAUAGCACAAUCUCCACUAGUCCUUGAUAACUGCUACGCAAAUGGAUACCAUUUUUAAAUGAAUAGACUAUUUUUGUGUGUAUAUUGUAUGGUUUACCAGAACAGCUUGUUUCUGGGAAUAAAGUGAAAA